GCAUUACCCAGGUCAAAAAUCACCACCUGCUCUCGGUUUAUCUUUCCCAACAUUGUCUUCUUUAAUUUUUGUUAUUAAUUCCAAUUCAAUCAAACUCAUCUCUCUCUCUCUCUCUCUCUCUGAUCUGAUCUGUCUCGGAUAUUCUCUUUUUUGUCCCCCCAAAAUCUUCAUAAAUUUAUUUGAUUUUGUUAUUUGAACAAAUCAUACGCAGAUUGCUGUUCUUCUGAUCAGUGAGGUUCGCCGCCACUUUUCGAAUUAGGGUUUCGAUUCUCAAGAUUUAGGGUUUUCCUAUUAUCACUGAAAGUUUUUUUGAGAGGUUGUUAGAUCAUGGAUCAUGUUAUUGGUGGAAAGUUCAAGCUUGGGAGGAAAAUUGGGAGUGGGUCUUUUGGAGAGCUCUAUUUAGGUGUUAAUGUACAAACUGGAGAGGAAGUGGCUAUCAAGCUGGAAUCCGUCAAGACCAAGCACCCUCAACUUCACUAUGAGUCAAAAAUCUAUAUGCUUCUCCAAGGAGGAACGGGGAUUUCUAGCCUCAAAUGGUUUGGAGUUGAGAGCGAGUACAAUGUCAUGGUUAUUGACCUUCUUGGACCAAGCUUGGAAGACCUAUUCAACUAUUGCAACAGGAAGUUCACAUUGAAAACAGUAUUAAUGCUGGCAGAUCAGUUAAUUAACAGAGUGGAACACGUUCAUUCAAGAGGUUUCCUUCACCGUGAUAUAAAGCCUGACAACUUUUUAAUGGGCCUGGGGCGCAGAGCAAAUCAGGUAUAUGUCAUUGACUUCGGCCUUGCAAAAAAGUACAGGGAUCUUCAGACUCAUAAGCACAUACCAUACAGAGAAAAUAAAAAUCUAACAGGCACAGCUCGCUAUGCCAGUGUUAACACACACCUUGGAGUUGAACAAAGCAGAAGGGAUGAUCUUGAAUCUCUUGGUUACGUGCUUAUGUAUUUCCUAAGAGGAAGUCUUCCCUGGCAGGGGCUGAAAGCCGGCACUAAAAAACAGAAAUAUGACAAGAUCAGUGAAAAGAAGAUGUUAACCCCAAUAGAGGUGCUUUGUAAAUCAUAUCCAUCAGAGUUCAUAUCAUACUUCCACUAUUGCCGAUCAUUACGAUUUGAAGAUAAACCAGAUUAUUCAUAUUUGAAGAGGCUUUUCCGUGACUUGUUUAUUCGAGAAGGUUAUCAGUUUGACCAUGUGUUCGAUUGGACCAUAUUGAAGUAUCCUCAGAUUGGUGCCAGUUCUAGAGGACGGAAUCCCAGCGGGAAUGUAGGCCUAAAUCUUGGACCAUCUGCAGAAAGACCAGAAAGGACCUCAGUGGGGCAAGAGUUUAGAGAGAAAUUCUCAGGUGCGGCUGAAGCUUUUUCCAGAAGACUUGCUUCGGGUUCUGGUCGACCUGGUGACCACUCCAAACAGAAGACUUCAGAGGAUGUACCUUCAUCCAAGGAUGUGGAAUUUGAUUCUGAAAGGGGCAGAACUUCUCGAAAUGGCAGCUCUUCGAGACGAGCCAUCUCCACCAGCAGACCAACCUCCUCUGGCGAACCCAGUGAAAUACGCUCAAGCAGGAUGGCCUCAAGUGGGCUGGCCACGAGCGGUGCGCGCUUGUCUACUGCACAAAGAAUCCAACCAGGGGUUGAACCAAAAUCAUCUUUUUCUCGUACAGCAAUCAUGAAGGGGAGUACCCGUGAUGACCCUCUCCGCAGCUUUGAGUUUCUCUCACUGAGGAAGCAGUAAACGGGGAUGGAUUUGUCCACUUUAGUAGUAGUACAGUUUGUACUCAUGUCGAAUGGACAAAAGCCCUUCUAUAUUAGUUGAACUGUUUGCAUCAUCUCAUCUCACUCUUGUAUAUGAAAAAUCAUCAUUUUACACGACAUUUUACACUCCAACUUAUAUUAGGUGAUUUGUCUGAUUAUGUUUUUUUUAUUUUUUUAUUUUUUUUUUUUAAAUGUGUGACGCUGGCCACUGAGUAAUGAUUUUAUACCAAUCCAAAGAGGUUGGAGUGUAGAUGGUCGGGAAUUUUCAAUUA